AUGACAGAGAAUAUCCCGCCAUUCCCACAUAUCGAACUCACGCCGGAGGAACAGGCCCGCUACGACCGCAACGUGACGUCGUUCCUUUGCGAUGCAGUAGCAGAGUACUCGGCACAAAGCGGCCACACCAACGAAGACGCGUGGAUCCACGUCCGACGUCGCAAGCAGCUUAGUAUUUACAAGAGCGUGUACGGCACGCGGGACCCACAGGUGACGCUGUUUAAAGGUACAGGACUCAUUCCCGGACCGGUGGAGGACGUUAUGGACGGACUCUACUGCGACACCACGGACGAUCUCCGUGCGUGCAAGACUCUACUCAAGUACAAGCUGGUUGACGGAAGCAUUAUGAACGUGACGGAGCGACGAAGCGAUGACGCACCGUACCGCUUCGCCGGUAUUAAAUGGUUCGCUGCUAAGGCGGCAUGGGGAAUGUCGAAGCACCGCGAUGUGCUUGCUUACGAGCGUAUGGGGACAACCACAGAUGCCAAGGGCAACGAGCUAGCUUACCACGUCCUGCACUCGAUCGACCACCCGGACUGGCCGAUCGACGCUAUUAAGGGCGUCAAACGCGAGCACCAGGUGACCUGUUUCCUGUACCGUAACCACGACGACACUCAUGCCGAGUGCUUCAUUUGGUCUACUGUGUACAACCUGGACUCCGUUGCACAACGUCUCGCGGAAUAUGUCGUCGCUGGAACACUGUUGAACGUCACCGAUUGCGUGAAGAGCGCGCGAGCCAAGAAGUACUCGUUGCUUAUGAGGCACGCCCAGCACAACAAGUGGCCGGCCAGUUCGUUGUGCCACAUUUGCUACGGCCGGUCGUUCAUCUCGACCAACCGCCCGUGUGCAGGCUGUUUCCAAAGCGUCUGCAAGUCGUGCUCGGACUACCGCUUCAUCUUCCACAUCGACGCCAAGACUGGCCGGCCGCACCAGCAGCGAUUCUGCAAGCUCUGCAUCAACAAUACGGUCGUCAUCGACUCGCUAAACUUCGAGGCGUCCAUCAAGAAGGCCGUUAAGGACAGCGGUGACACGGACACGGAGGUGGAGCGUGUGGCAUUGCGUGGGCCGCGGACUGUGUCCAACCGCCAGAACGCACUCAAGUCCCUGGCGAAGACAUCGCAUUCUGUGGCCGACACCAGUUUGAGAUCCAACUAUCUCGACUGGGCAAGCGACUGGAGCAGUCAGGACGACGACGACGACGAAUACCUUCGCGAACGUGCAGCUACACGUGAUCGCACCAAGAGUAAGAGCAACCGUAGCGACACUGUGUCGCUGUCCGAUCUGGACGCGGAGGACAAGUUCUCACCCUACCCGGCUACACCUCAGUCGCACAAACAGCAGACAGAAGGACGCAACAAACGUCCUAAAGAGCGUUACCAGUCUCCGUUGGACCAGUACGCAGCUCCAAGGAAGCAGAACCACGAGCCUCGCUACACGAACAUGAAGGGACACCCGGCCCCUCUACCUCCGUUCCGAUCGCCGUACCAGUCGUCGGAGCCUAAGACACCGAGCUCUACGCGCAGCUUCACAGUCAUCUCGAGUGAUAGCGAUGACGGCGCUGAAGUUGCUGCCCUACCGUUCGGCGAGUCUGGUCUGGGUCUGAGUCAGUUCGAUCUUGGCGUCGUGGAGGCUGCUCCCGUGGCUGAGCUCGACAGCCUCGACCUCAGUAUGUACUCGGAUGACGGCGGCCGUCCUCAAAGCCGACGAGCCCCGCGAUACGGCCGCACCAGCCACGCAGACAAGGAUGGAUUCCUCUCGGAUCUGUACUCGUUGUCGCGCUCGAGAAUUCACGGCGAGCACUAUUAA